UAUACGUCCAUGAGUGUAUCCACAGUGAAAGUAUGGUGUCAGUGUUAAUCAUUAUGUGAACGUAACCAUACUUUCGUAACCCUUGAAAGUCUGCUAAAGUUUCGUAUAUUACUGUUAACAGAUUGUCGAUUAUAAUAAGCGAAUAGUUAUAAAAUAAUUUAAUAGUCAUUACUGUUCUAAAAACAUGAACGGAAAAGAAUAUACUGAAAACAACAUAUUGAAGAAUGAGGUAGAGGAUGAUGUAGUGGACCCUUGGAAUGUUGUUAGUAAAUCGGAAACUGGUGUGGACUAUGAUAAGCUAUUAAAACGUUUUGGAAGUUCUAGAAUUGAUUCAGAACUAUUAGAACGCUUUGCAAUAGUUACUGGUAAACCCAACCACCAUUUCUUACGUAGAGGAAUUUUCUUUUCUCAUCGUGAUAUGAACAGUAUUUUAAAUAAUUUUGAGUCAGGAAAACCGUUUUAUUUGUAUACUGGCAGAGGUCCUUCCUCUUCUUCAAUGCAUUUAGGUCAUUUGAUUCCUUUUAUUUUUUGUAAAUGGUUGCAAGAUGUAUUUAAUGUUCCUUUAAUUAUUCAACUAACAGACGAUGAAAAAAGUCUAUGGAAGGAUAUAGAUAUAGAAGAAGCAAAUAAAUUAGCAUAUGAAAAUGCUAGAGAUAUUAUUGCGGUUGGAUUUGAUGUUGAAAAAACAUUCAUUUUUUCUGAUUUAGAAUAUAUAGGGCAAUGCCCUAAUUUCUAUAAAAAUAUGGUAAGGAUACAAAAAUGUGUCACCUUUAACCAAGUAAAGGGAAUAUUUGGAUUUGGUGAUAGUGAUGUGAUAGGGAAAAUUAGUUUUCCGGCUGUGCAGGCUACACCAUGUUUGUCUACCUCAUUUCCUCAUAUUUUUGAAAACAAAAAAAUUCCUUGUCUAAUACCAUGUGCUAUUGAUCAAGAUCCAUAUUUUCGCAUGACAAGAGAUGUUGCUCCUCGAAUAGGAUUUCAAAAGCCAGCUCUACUUCAUUCAGUUUUCUUUCCUGCUUUACAAGGUCCCAAAACUAAAAUGUCAGCCUCUGAUCCUAAUUCAACAAUUUUUUUAAACGAUACUCCAAAGCAACUUAAAAAUAAAAUUAAUAAACAUGCAUUUUCUGGAGGUAGAACUACAAUUGAAGAACACCGACAAUUUGGUGGUAAUUGUGAUAUUGAUGUCUCUUAUCAGUAUUUAAAAUUUUUCUUAGAAGAUGAUGAAAAAUUAGAACAAAUUCGUAAAGACUACUCAAGUGGGGCUUUGUUGACAGGAGAGCUUAAGAAGAUUCUCAUUGAAACUUUAACUCCAAUAUUACAGCAACAUCAGGAAAGGCGAAACAAAGUUACAGAUCAAGUUUUAAAACAAUUCAUGACACCACGAAAGUUAAACUAUAAUUUAUAAGGUGCAAUUUUUGUAUAAUAGGAUUCAGAUAAAUAUAAAUUUAUUUAUUUCUUUGGUUUAAAACAGCUAAAAUAUUUAUAAGUCCAUUGUUAUUUUAUCUUGUAAUUUUUAUACUUUAGGCACACUAAAACGUAAUUCAUACAAGUGCAAAUACAUUGGUUGAAAUAAUAUAAAGUAAUCUCAUUGAUUAAAAUUGAAUUAGUUAAAUAAAACAUGCAUUUUA